UGUCUUAAUUCGCGCGUUGUAAUGUUUAUUUAUUUAAGAGCGGUGUGGCAUAUGGUCAUUUAGCGUCCUUUAUGAGAGGACGCUGCAAAGGUUAUAUACGUGAGUUUAGUGAAUAUCAGGAGUGAAUAUUGGAAACGAAAAUGAAAAGGAGUAUGAGAAUUUUACAAUUAUUGAAAGAUUCCUGUCAAAAAACUGAAACAUCAGUGAAUUUAUCAUCAGAUUCAACAAAUAAUGAGGAAAUGUCUGACUCAAGUAAUUACAAUUCGGGAACAGAUUCCAACUACACUCCGUCAGCACAUGACACUAGCUCUGAUGAAUCAUUCCUACAAGAGAACAUGAACUGUCCCGUCAUAUUAGAAAGAAACAUCCAAGAAUCAACAAAAGACGUAGAUAGUACUAGUCGUCAUAUUAGUAAUAAAAAUAAUAUUUCUUGCGGCGAAAUAAUUUCCAUUGAGAGCUCUUCAUGCAAUAAAAAUUAUCCUUCGAAACAAGAUGUAGUUAUACACCUUAAUAAUAAUGUUCUUGGAGACAGUAAUAAAAAUGAGAUAGUAAUACCUAAUAUGAAAAUCCCUCAAAAAAAGUAAUCCGUAAUAAAGACUUUUGUUUUUACUGCGAAACUUUAGUUCUAAAUUUUGCGAGACAUUUACUAAGAAACCAUGCUCUUGAAACAGAAGUACAAAAAAUAUUAUCAGUACCUAAAAAAAGUAUAACAAGAAAAAAACUUAUUACGGAACUAAGAAAAAAAGGAAAUUUUAUACAAAAUUCUGUCGAAGUGACGAAGCCCAUGAGAAAACAUAAAUAUACUAAUUAUUUACCUUGCACUAAUUGCUUAGGAUUUUAUUCAAGAAAUCUUUUAUGGAAACAUAAUAAGAAGUGCACUGGAAAAAAUACUAAAAAUGUGCAAUCAGAAGCACAAAAUUUGUUAAUAAAACAUUUGAAAAUCGAUGAAAAACUUAAAGAAACCGUAUUCCCCAGAAUGAGACCUGAUAAGAUAUCGUUUGUUGCUAAAUCAGAUUUGCUCAUUUGUGCAUUUGGGUCACAAUAUAUGAAAAAUCAUAGAGAAAUGCAUUUUGUGAAUGUAAUUUCUAGAAAAAUGAGAGAACUAGCUAAAUUGUUAAUUGAAAUAAGAAAAAAAGAUCAAUCGGUGAAAGAUUUAUUAGGUGCACUUAAUCCGAAAUAUUAUGAUCUUAUAGUGUCAGCUACAAAGGUUGUAGGUAAAUAUGACUCGGAAAAAGAUAGAUUUGAUUCGCCUACAUUUGCAAUGAAUAUUUCUACUAGCAUAAAGCAGUGCUGCAAUAUAGCAUUUAUGCUUGCAUUAAAAAAACAAGGGCCAUACAUGGAAGUAAACACUGCUGAAAUAGAAGCGGGCCUCAAAACUUUGAUACACCUUAUAGAUUCUAAUUGGAAAUAUGAUGUUUCAAGUCAGGCUGCGUCCGAUCUAAACAAAAAAAAGUGGAAUAAAGUUACCAUAAUACCUUUAGCAAAUGAUUUAAAAAUUUUAAAAAAAUUUCUUAACAAACACGCUGAAGAAGCUGCCAAUAAAAUUAAAGAAGGUUCUUAUCACCUUGGGGUAUACAUACAAUUAUUAGAGACAAUAUAUUGCAGAGUUUUGCUACUGAAUCGGCGCAGACCUGGGGAACUUCAAAGAAUUACGCUACAUGAUUACUUGGAAAAUGACCUAAAUACUUCUGAAAAAUAUGAAGAAUUCGAUCGAACGCUAAGUGCAUCUGAGCGAGUUUUAGUAAAAACAUUUAAACGAGUUGUUGUUAGAGGCAAACGAGGAC